AUGAAGCAGAAAACUCAAACACUUCUUCAGAUAGAUAAGAGGAAGAAAAUGGUUUUUAGUGUAGCAAGGGUAGAAAAAAAUACUAUUGCUGAAGAAAUUAUAACAGAAUUAUCAGUUACGGAUAAAAAAGAAGAAGAGGAAAACAAUUUGUGCAGUUCUUCAACUGAAAUAUUAUCAAUUGGAAGUUUGAAGAAGAAGAAGAAGCUUAUUGUUCUUGAUUUAAAUGGACUUCUUGCUGAUAUUGUUUAUCCACCUCCAAACCAUGUUAAACCAGAUGCAACCAUAGCCGGGAAAGCAUUAUUCGAGAGGCCUUUUUAUCAAGAGUUUCUGAACUUCUGCUUUGAGAGAUUCGAUGUGGCUGUGUGGUCUUCAAGAAUGAAGAAAAAUGUUGACAGUGUCAUUGAUUAUUUAAUGGGAGACAUGAAACAAAGGUUGGUGUUCUGUUGGGAUUUGUCACAUUGUACUGAAACAGCUUUCAAAACUCUUGAGAACAAGCGCAAGCCACUAGUUUUUAAGGAUUUAAGGAAAAUUUGGGACAAGUAUGAUCCGAAUCUUCCUUGGGAGAAGAAAUAUUACAAUGACUCGAACACGUUGCUGCUGGAUGAUUCUCCCUACAAGGCAUUCCUUAAUCCUCCACACAACUCAAUCUUUCCGCAUACAUUCAGUUAUGAGAAUCAGAAUGACAAUUCAUUAGCCGCUGAUGGCGAUUUACGACAAUAUCUGGAUGGACUGGCAACUGCUGAAAAUAUGAAGACGUAUGUAGAACAACAUCCAUUUGGUCAAGAACAUAUCACUGAAACCAGCGAAUCUUGGGACUUCUACUUCAAUGUUUUCAUUAGUCUUUAUGCUUAUCAAUCUAAAAAGAGAAAAUAUGGUUUCUUUCAGUUGUAAUAUGAUCAAUU